UAAAGGAAAGCGCCAAAACUUGCUGACGUUUACCACCCACAGGUCCUGGGACCCAGGCUUGAGCAGCGACCAUGAGUUACAUCAAUCUGCCCACCGUACUGCCCGGCUCCCCCAGCAAGACCCGGGGGCAGAUCCAGGUGAUCCUCGGGCCCAUGUUCUCAGGAAAAAGCACCGAGCUGAUGAGAAGAGUCCGGCGCUUCCAGAUCGCCCAGAACAAAUGCCUGGUCAUCAAGUAUGCCAAAGACACCCGUUAUAGCAACAGCUUCUCCACACACGACCGGAACACCAUGGAUGCACUGCCGGCCUGCCUGCUGCGGGAUGUAAUCCAGGAGGCCCUGGGUGUGGCUGUCAUUGGCAUCGAUGAAGGGCAGUUUUUCCCUGACAUCGUGGAAUUCUGUGAAAUGAUGGCCAAUGCAGGCAAGACAGUGAUUGUGGCAGCACUAGACGGAACCUUCCAGAGAAAGGCUUUUGGCAGCAUCUUGAACCUGGUGCCGCUGGCUGAGAGCGUGGUGAAGCUGACCGCUGUGUGCAUGGAGUGCUUCCGAGAAGCGGCCUACACCAAGAGGCUGGGCCUGGAGAAGGAGGUGGAGGUGAUAGGUGGAGCCGACAAGUACCACUCCGUGUGCCGCCUUUGCUACUUUAAGAAGUCCUCGGUCCAGCCUGCUGGGCCAGACAACAAAGAGAACUGCCCGGGCUGGGCCAGGCUGGAGAGGCCUUGGCUGUCAGGAAGCUCUUUGCCCCUCAGCAAGUCCUACAGCACAACUCUACCAACUGAGAGGGCCUGGGGCCUGGGACCUGCCGGCUCCUACCCCAGGCUGGACUCUCAGAGACCGGAGGAGGGGCUGGAACUGCCGUGCCUAAUGGACACUGUGCCCUGGACAGACUCCUCCGCUUGUCACAGCCUUUUUUAGUUCCCUUGGUUGCAGAGAUGCUUCAGCCCAGACUGGAGCCAGCACCUGUCUGGUGGUUAAGGUUUGACAUCCAGCCAGAGGUGAGGACAGAGCCACAUGGUGUUGUGACAUUGUUGGUGCUGACUUCUUCCUCCUUGGUGGCUUUUGCUGCUGGGUUUCAGUCUCCCGGAGCCCCGCCCCUUACCGAGGCUCCACCCCUCACCGCCCUCCCUUUGUGCUGAAGCCUGACCUACACUCCCACGGUGCGCCCCCGCCCCGCCCCCUGGGCCAGUCUUUCCACAGUGGCACCAGGGCUUGCCCUGCUGAGCCCCAGCCCUGUGACUCGGGACUCUUAGUGAGAGCCUGCUUCUUGUGUGAUAGUGUAAACAAUUAAUAUUAAAGUUUGCUACCUGA